UUCUAAAACAAUUAAUAGUUAUUCCAAAAUUAUUUUUGACAAACGUUUCGAUGACAGAUUCUUGCGAAAAUUUCCAAUAGAAAAUCUUGCAAAUCACGAUUAACCAAAAUGACAAAAAUCGACGAGACCGUUUACAAAGAGCUCGAAGAACUUUUCGAUAACUUAAAAAGAUCAUGUCAGAAAAUAGCGGACGAUGCGGCCAACAACGAGAGCGGCGAUAAACUUCAAGAAACGACGGGCACGACGCAAGAAAAACUUGCCAACUUGUCGACACGUUUAGACGAGAUCCUGCAGACUUUAAGCGUUGCCGAAAACGGCCCAGAUUACCCGAAAAUCAUCGCGAUGAAAGCAUCGCUUUUGUACGAAAAAGCGAAAAUAUUACUCAGCACCGAAGAGAACGAGGAGUGCAAGAAUAAACUCGACGAGGCGAUCGCGAUGAUCGAUAAAAUGAAAGAAAACCCACAUAUUACUUAUCUUUAUUUACGAUGUAUAAAUCAUUUGGCUUACGUUUAUUCCAAGUUGGGAAAUUUUGAUAAAUCGAAGGAAAUUCUUGAAAAUAUUACGAAAUACGAAAUUAAAGACGAUAUUUUAGUUUAUAGUACUGAAGAAUUAUUCUCAACGAAUGAAUACAACGCCGAUAAAUCCCAAGCUUCUUCAAAACUCCACAAGUUGGCUAUAAACAACUUACAAAUGCUUAGUUGGGUUUACAUCAAACAAGGUCUCGAUUUGGAAUCGGCCAAAGUUCAGCACGAAAUUCUUCAAUUAGAAUUAACAUACGGUGAAAGUGAUCCGAUAGAUUGGGCGACGAGAUGCGCGAGAAUCGCCGUUCUUCACUUAUCAAAGAUGAGAUGGAUUUCGGCGCGUUAUUAUUUAUCGGCGGCUGGUUCUGUUCUAGAUCGUUUAGAACGUGACAUGAUCGAUCAUCCCGAUUUGGCCAAAGCAGAAGCUGAAUUAGCCAGAGGAUGGAUUUAUUACGCUUUGAAAUUAUUCGAAGCCAGCAAAGCUAAGGAUAUAGAUAGGAUUUGCAAUGAAAUUUUUAAAGAUGAACAAUCAACAUCAGAUCAUGAAUCUGAUGAACAAAUUAAUGUGGAAGACGAUGAUUCUGCCUCAUCCGAUACAUCUCCGUGUUUAUUUAUCGGACAAGAUGUAAAAACUGAAGAGGUUCCCGCAACGUUUAUUAAAAAUUUAGAUCAAGCGAAAGCGUUAUUUUAUUACACAAACACUUGGUUAAAACGAGCUCGACUUUAUUACACCCUCCGCGAUCAUCCCUUUAUGUACGUUAGUUGCGUAUUAGAUUUAAGCGAAUUAUAUCGUUAUUUAGCGUUUUACGAAACCGACACAGACGCACAAUACAACGUGCAAAAACGAAGGGCGGAUGCUUUGGAAACGUUGAGCGGAAUAUUAAAAGAAGUUAGGCCACAAUGUUACAUUGCGGUUAGCGUGGAGUUAUUGAGAGAACUCGCCGAGGUUCAAAUUGAGUUGAUGGGGUUAAAUUUGAGGCGGAUUUAUAAGAUGCAAGAACCCACGGAGGGUUACGACGCGAUUAAAAGGAGAAUGGAUGCGGUUAAUACGAUCCAAGCGAAGCUUGAGAAGUUUGGAAAUAUGCUCGGGCAUGGACAUGAUUUGGAAUCGCCGUCGAGGGAGGAUAUUGAUGAACGACGGGAAGAGGAGGCAGACGGAGAUUUAGUUGAGGAGAAAAGUUAGGCGCAUUAAAGGUGUAACAAAAAUUGGUUCAAAUUAAUGAUGGAAAAUUUGUAUAGAGUUGUGGAACUAGAUUUUAUGUAUUAAUAAAAAGAUAAAUAAUAAAAGGUUUUUUUUCUAUGAUACCUA